CUAAAACCGGAUCUGUCACCCCGCCUUCUUCGGACCUACGAAGUCUACGCUUCCGCGUUUCUAGUCUUCUUCUCUUCGAAAUCUCGAUCCAGCGGCGACGGCGACGGCGACGGCGGCGAAGGAUGAAGCUUGGGGCGGCGGAGUGGCGGACUCUGUUCCUGGUGAACCUGGCGGCGAUCAUGGAGCGCGCCGACGAGGCGCUCCUUCCGUCGGUGUACAAGGAGGUGGGGGCGGCGCUGCACGCCUCGCCCACCGGCCUCGGCUCCCUCACCCUCUUCCGCUCCAUCGUCCAGUCAGCCUGCUACCCUCUCGCCGCUUACCUCGCCACCCGCCACAACCGCACCCACGUCAUCGCGCUCGGCGCCUUCCUCUGGGCUGCCGCCACCUUCCUCGUCGCCCUCUCCGGCACCUUCCUCCAGGUGGCAAUUUCAAGGGCCUUGAAUGGGGUUGGAUUAGCAUUGGUGACCCCUGCAAUUCAAUCCCUUGUUGCCGACUCCACCGAUGAAAGCACCCGAGGUACAGCUUUCGGAUGGCUACAGUUGACUGGCAACCUCGGGUCCAUCAUCGGCGGCUUCUUCUCCCUACUUUUAGCUUCCACCACUGUCAUGGGGAUUGCUGGUUGGAGAGUUGCCUUUCAUAUCGUCGGCAUAAUCAGUGUGGUGGUUGGGCUGCUCAUCCGGCUCUUUGCUGUGGAUCCUCAUUUUCUCAAUGGCCCUAGGCCAGCAAAUGGCCCUGUCUCCGGCAGGAAUUCUAUGUGGGAAGAUGUUAAGGACAUGUUCGACGAAGCAAAGAGUGUUAUCAAGAUCCCAUCGUUUCAGAUAAUCGUGGCUCAGGGAGUCACUGGUUCAUUUCCAUGGUCUGCAUUGUCGUUCGCACCGAUGUGGCUGGAGCUCAUCGGUUUCUCUCACGAGGGGACAGGGAUUAUCAUGAGUAUGUUCAUUGUGGCAUGUUCAAUUGGAGGACUAAUAGGAGGGAUGAUGGGGGACCUUCUGGGCAAACGUUUCCCCAACUCCGGGAGGAUAAUUCUUUCUCAGAUAAGUUCUGCCUCUGCGAUUCCGCUCGCCGCCUUGCUGAUGUUGGUCUUACCGGACGAUCCCUCCACGGGAAUACUACACGGCCUCGUCAUCUUCAUCAUGGGCUUAAGCAUCUCUUGGAAUGCUCCAGCUACAAACAAUCCUAUAUUUGCAGAGAUUGUGCCUGAAAAAUCGAGAACAAGCAUAUAUGCUUUGGACCGAUCCUUCGAGUCAGUUCUAUCUUCGUUUGCUCCUCCAGUCGUCGGCAUCUUAGCCGAGCGUGUUUAUGGAUACAAGCCGGUGUCGAUCGGACAAAGUGGCAACAGUAGUCCCGAAGCUGACCGGGAAAAUGCUGCUUCUCUAGCAAAGGCACUCUACACUACAAUUGCAAUUCCUAUGACACUCUGUUGCUCUAUCUAUUCCUUCUUGUACUUUACCUAUCCAAGAGACCGAGAGAGGGCGCGAAUGGAUUCGUUGAUUGCAUCGGAGCUGGAACAGAUAGAGUUGGAAAAUGUUCGUGAUAUCGUUUACAAGGAGGAAGAUCUUGAGAUAGAUGGCUCCGAUGAACGAACACUACUAUCCGACAAAGUAGACUUACCGAAUUGAAAUGCCCCAAUUACAGAGAAGAAACACUUUUUCCCUUCAUUUUCUUAAAUUAGGAUAUAAGGUGAUGAAAAUGAACAGAAAAGUUAUUGGGAGGUAGAGAAUAUUUAGCAAUUGUUCUCUGUGGCUCUGCAUAAUAAACUUCCAUUUGCUGGUAA